AUGCCCGCACCCGACUCUCCAGUGCUCCUCGUGGCCCGCUUCCUCAAGUCCAAUGGCUACGACAAGACUCUCGCAGCCUUCCUACACGAGACAAACCUCCCCGCCUCCAGCGUCGACCCCAAAGACCCCACCACCGCCCUCAGCCUCGAGAAGCUGCUCGACGAGAAGCGCCUCUUCGACCUCUCCCUCACCCUCGAGAAGGUCGAGAUCCUCGACCACGAAGACGAGUUCACCACACCCUACCCCACAAUCCCACGCCUGAUCGCCCCCCCCGCCACCCCCCAAUCCAACGUCCUCUCCGUCACCCUCGCGCCCACCCUCGCCCCCUGGCACCACCCCGUCCUCAUCGCCACAACCGCCGACCGCUUCCUCCGCCUCUACACCCUCACCGGCACGCUCCUCGCCGCGCACCCCGCCCUGCACCCCUCCGCCAUCCUCUCCGUCACCGUGCUGCAGCACAAAUGGCUCAUCACCACCUCCAUGACCGGCCACCUCGCCCUCUCCACCCCCACCUCCCCCACCCCCCUCUGCACCCUCCGCCCGCACACAAAAUACGCCACCCGCGCCGCCCUGCACAGCACCACCCUCCUCGCAACCGCAUCCUACGACGGCACAAUCGCAGCACACACCAUCGUCUACGACCCCGCCACCGGCACCCCCUCCCUCGCCCCGCUCGGCACCCUCACCCUCCCCACGCCGCCCGAGGCCCUCGCCAUCGUCACCCCCCCCUCUACUGCUCCCAACCCCCUACUGGUGUUCUCCCGCCGCGACAGCACGGCCCUGCACUACCACCUGCUCGCCCCCGGCCUGCCGCACCACGCCACGCACAGCCUCGCGCCGGCGGCCAACAGCUGGGCGGCCUUCCACGCCAUGGACCUCGCCCCGCACCCCACGGACCCCACGCUCCUCGCCGUCGCAACGAGCCACGUCCCCGUCAUGAAGUUCCUGCUCGUGCGCGUGGCCAGCGCGGAGGUGCUGAAAGAGGUCUUCGUCGGCGCGCCGCAGGGCGCAUACUCCAGCGGCGCGCUCGCGUGGCGGCCGUGCGCGCGCGGGGUGUGGGUGAAUGGCGAUGACGGGGUUGUGCGCGGGGUGGAGGUGCGGAGCGGGAAGGUUGUUGCUGCGCUGCGGGUCUGCGGGGGCGGGGAGAAGGUGAGGGCGCUGUGGGCGGGGAUGGCGGAGGGAGGGGGGGAGGAGGAGGAGGAGGGGGGAGGGGGAGGGGGAAAAGGAGUGGCUGGUGACGGGCGGGUUCGAUAA